GUCUGAAUCAUAGACUGUAUAUUAAUAUUAUAUUAUAUAUUACAGUGUAUGGUCUGAACGUAACUGAACUGAACUCUAUUGGGACUCAAGCGUAGACCGUUGAUUUACUGUCUAUGGACCCAGCGCAUUAUAAGGAUUUAUUUUGAAAACUAUGAUGGGAAGUUUAACCUUGUUUGAUGGUGGACAGCGGAAGUGUCGCGUGACUGCUUGGGGUCUUGGACACAUCUGCCUCCACGUCUCUGGGAUUUAAAUUAGCCUGGAAUAUGAGCAGAAGAAGAAGAUAAGCAGCGGCGGCUGGCUUCCUGCAGGAUUUUGCCAAGGCUUUUUGUUUUCCCUGGACAUGCCUGUUCGAUGGAGCAACGCUGAGCUAAGCUAGCUGGCUGACAGUCCGGCUAGCGCUACAUUUCCAGGCUUUUGGAUGACUGUUUAGCUGAAGGGCUGAUUUUAUUUCGGAUCAGCGCUACAUCCCCUGGCUGGGUAAGGAGCCAGCAUGGGGGAGCCCAGCCUGGACGACGCCAACGUCAAGGUGGCUGUUCGUGUACGGCCGAUGAACAGGAGAGAAAAGGAACUAAACACUAAAUGUAUCGUCGAGAUGGCGAAGAACCAAACGAUCCUCCAUCCUGGCGGAGCUAACCUGGGCAAAGCAGACUCCAGGAGUCAGUCCAAGGUCUUUGCCUAUGAUUACUGUUUCUGGUCCAUGGAUGAGACCGAUAAGGAGAGAUUUGCUGGCCAAGAGGUGGUCUUCCAGUGCCUUGGGGAAAGUCUUCUCCGCAACGCCUUCCAGGGCUACAAUGCCUGUAUCUUUGCCUAUGGACAAACUGGAUCGGGAAAGUCGUACACCAUGAUGGGUUCAGGGGACCAGCCAGGUCUGAUUCCCCGGCUGUGCAGUGCUUUGUUUGAUCGAACCCAGAAGGAACAGCGGGAGGAGGAGAGCUUCACUGUUGAGGUGUCCUACAUGGAGAUCUACAACGAGAAGGUCCGAGAUCUGCUCGACCCCAAAGGGGGUAGACAAACUCUGAGGGUGAGGGAACAUAAGGUUUUGGGUCCCUACGUGGAUGGCCUGUCUCGACUAGCUGUGGCUAGCUACAAGGACAUUGAGUCUCUGAUGUCAGAGGGAAAUAAGUCUCGGACUGUCGCUGCUACCAACAUGAACGAGGAGAGCAGUCGAUCACACGCCGUCUUCAACAUCAUCCUCACGCACACACUGAAAGACUUGCAGUCCGGGACAAGCGGGGAGAAGGUGAGUCGGUUGAGUCUGGUAGACUUGGCUGGAAGUGAGAGAGCGGCAAAGACUGGAGCAGCAGGGGAGCGACUCAAGGAGGGAAGCAAUAUCAACAAGUCUCUCACUACGCUGGGCCUGGUGAUCUCUGCGCUAGCUGAACAGGGAUCAACAAAGAACAAGAACAAGUUUGUUCCCUACAGAGACUCUGUGCUGACAUGGUUGCUGAAGGACUGUCUGGGUGGCAACAGUCGCACAGCGAUGGUUGCAACUGUGAGUCCAUCAGCAGACAACUAUGAGGAGACUUUGUCAACGCUGCGGUAUGCGGACAGAGCAAAGAGCAUUGUUAACCAUGCCGUUGUUAACGAAGACCCCAAUGCUCGCAUAAUCAGGGAGCUCCGAGAGGAAGUGGAGAAACUACGAGUGCAACUGACUCAGGCAGAGUCUUUGAAGGCUCCAGAGCUUAAAGACCGUCUGGAAGAGUCAGAAAAGUUGAUCCAAGAGAUGACUAUCACCUGGGAGGAGAAGCUUCGAAAAACUGAGGAGAUUGCACAGGAGCGCCAGAAGCAGUUGGAGAGUCUGGGUAUUUCUCUCCAGUCUUCAGGGAUUAAAGUUGGAGAUGAUAAGAGUUUUCUUGUCAACCUCAACGCCGAUCCUGCCCUCAAUGAACUGCUGGUGUACUACCUGAAGGAACACACAAAGGUGGGCUCGGCAGACUCUCAGGACAUCCAGCUGUGCGGGAUGGGUAUCCAGGCAGAGCACUGUGUCAUCGACAUUAUGGCAGAUACUGCAGUCAUCCUCACCCCCUACCGCAAUGCUCGGACAUGUGUUAAUGGUUCUCCAGUGACCAGUGCUCUGCAGCUUCACCAUGGUGACCGAAUUUUCUGGGGAAACAACCACUUCUUCAGGAUCAACCUGCCUAAGCGGCGCUCUCGGGGGCCUGAGGAUGAAGAGGGUGAAGGUAGUGCGAUGAAGAACAGUGGCAGCAGUGAGCAGCUGGAUGCAGAUGGUGACACAGCCAGCGAAGUGUCCAGUGAAGUCAGCUUCUCCUAUGAGUUCGCCCAGACAGAGGUCAUGAUGAAGGCCCUGGGCAAUAAUGACCCCAUGCAAGCAGUCCUGCAGUCUCUGGAGAGGCAGCACGAAGAGGAGAAGCGCUCUGCUCUGGAGCGACAAAGACAAAUGUACGAGCAGGAACUCCAGCAGCUCCGCAAGAAGCUGAACCCGGACCGGCUGUCCAUCGGUUCCUUUGGAGGGCCGGCGUCUGGCCAGCAAGGUCCAGGACAGCAGUCUCACUACCGCAGCAUGGAGAGACUCAGUAUGGGAGGGAUAAGUCAUUCAACCAGUGCUCAGAGCAGACUGAGGCAGUGGAAUGAGGACAGGGAGGCAGUGUUGGUUAGGAGUCUGCGACGGCUGAGGGAGCAGAUAGUGAGAGCAAACCUCCUGGUUCAAGAAGCCUGUUUCAUCUCUGAGGAGCUGGAGCGACACACCGAGUACAGAGUCACUCUGCAGAUUCCAUCGGAUAACCUCAACGCAAACCGCAAGAGGGAUGCAGUGCUCAGUGAACCAGCAAUUCAGGUUCGGCGUCGGUGUCGAGGGAAGCAGAUCUGGAGUCUAGAGAAGAUGGAGAACCGUCUGGUUGACAUGAGAGAGCUUUACCAAGAGUGGCAGGACUACAACCUCCAUCACCAUGACAACCCUGUGAUGCGCUCAUAUUUCCGUCGAGCAGACCCGUUCUUUGACGAGCAGGAAAACCACAGUCUGAUCGGCGUUGCAAAUGUCUUCCUUUCCUGUCUCUUCUACGAUGUCAAGCUGCAGUACGCUGUUCCCAUCAUCAAUCAGAAGGGGGAGGUGACAGGGCGUCUUCAUGUGGAGGUGGUGAGGGUUGGAGGGGGAUUAGAGGACAAUAUGGCUGGAGGCGAUGAAUCCGAUAACAACCAAGACACUGAAGUCCAGGAUCGCAAACUGGUGUGCAUGAUUAAGAUCCUGCAGGCCACUGGUCUUCCCCAGUACCUGUCCAACUUCGUCUUCUGUCAGUAUUCAUUCUGGGACCAGCCUGAGCCUGUCAUUGUGGCUCCUGAAGUAGACCCAUCAUCCUCGUCGCCCAGCCCCAAGGACCCACACUGCAUGGUGGUGUUUGACAGCUGCAAGGAGGUGGCAGUGUCAGUGACGGAGGAUUUCAUUGAAUACCUGACUGAAGGGGCAGUUGUCAUUGAGGUAUAUGGACACAGACAGGCUGAUGCAGGAAGAAACCCCGCCCUGUGGGACCUCAGCAUUAUCCAGGCCAAAACACGCACAUUGCGAGACAGGUGGAGUGAAGUAACACGUCGCCUGGAGCUGUGGAUUCAAAUCCUGGAGAUAAAUGAGAAUGGAGACUUUGUCCCAGUGGAAGUGGUUCCUGCCAAAGAUGUGCGGACUGGGGGAAUCUUCCAGCUUCGGCAGGGUCAGUCAAGGCGAAUCCAGGUGGACGUGCGUUCAGUUCAGGACUCGGGCACCAUGCCUCUGAUAGCAGAAAUACUACUUGCAGUGUCAGUGGGUUGUGUGGAGGUCAGAAACACCACAGCAAACCAGGAAGGAGAUGAGAUGGACAGUUAUCAGGAAAGAGACCUGGAGCGUUUGCGGCGGCAGUGGUUAGCUGCUCUCACCAAGAGACAGGAAUACCUCGAUCAGCACCUGCAGAGCCUGGUCAGCAAAGCAGAAAAAACAGAAGAUGACAUGGAGAGAGAGGCCCAGCUGCUAGAAUGGCGCUUGACUCUGACAGAGGAGAGAAAUGCUGUCAUGGUGCCCUCUGCUGGCAGCGGCAUUCCUGGAGCUCCUGCUGAAUGGGUUCCUCUGCCUGGCAUGGAGACUCACACUCCUGUCCUCUUCCUGAACCUCAAACCUGAUGACCUCAGCUCUCCAGACCAGUUUGAGGUUCCUGAAGCUGGAGGUUGGGAUGCCACCCUGAGUGGAGAGGAUGAGGACGACUUCUUUGACCUGCAGAUCGUCAAACACUACGAUGGAGAGGUGAAAGCAGAGGCAUCAUGGGACUCUACCGUCCAUGAGUGUCUCCAGCUCAGUCGUGGGGGGGCGUGGCCGGAGCAGCGGGUAUACCUGACAGUUCGAGUGGUGGUUCAGCUUAGCCACCCUGCCGACAUGCAGCUGGUCCUAAGAAAGAGGAUCUGUGUCAACGUUAACCAGGGCCGCCAGGGUUUUGCACACAACUUUCUUAGAAGGAUGUCCACCCGCAGCACCAUACCAGGCUGUGGGGUCACCUUUGAGGUGGUCUCCAACAUCCCCGGGGACGCCCCUGGUUCAGAAGACAGGGAGAUGCUGGCUAACCUCGCUGCCAGCGCACACAACGGCCAGUCAGCUGAUGACGAGGCUGCAAUUGAGAAAUACCUCCGCAGUGUCCUUAGUCUGGAGAACAUCCUGACUCUGGAUAGACUCAGACAGGAGGUGGCAGUGAAGGAGCAACUGACGGGCAGAGGGAAGAGCAACAAACGGAGCAUAAGUUCUCCUUCUGUCCACAGGCUGUCGGGAAGUAGACAAGACCUGUCCACAACCUGCCUGGACGAUAAGGGUCGAUGGGAGAGUCAGCAGGAUAUCUUCAUGCCUUCUCAGUUUCACCGCACCCUCCCCCGGCCUGCCUCUUCCCCUUCCACCUACUCCACCUCCCCUUCUUCAUCCCCCACUCCCUUUGGCAUAACAUCCUCACAGAACCAGGAACCAGAGCAAGGUCGUUCAGGACUUGCUGCCUCUUAUCUUUCAGUUAAAGCCCUGGUUCCUCAGAUGCCCAAACUGCUCAAGUCUCUGUUUCCAGCACGAGACGAGAAGAAGGAGCUGAGACCUUCGCCACACAACCAGCAGCAGCAUGUCCCUCGCAUCGUAACAUCAGGAGGGGACGACAGUCGAGUCAAGGCUGAGACGACUGCUAUUCUCCGGCCCCCAACCAAAGACAGACGGGCAGAGUUCCCAGAAGUCCCUUCUCUUCCUGUGCAUGACCCGCAUGACAUCACCCCCCUCAGCCCCCUCAGCCAGUCAUCAAGCGGCUACUUCUCCAGUAGUGUUUCUACCGUUACCCUGUCUGACGUUCUCCAACCUUCCUCCUCGUCGUCCUCCCUCCUGGCCGCUGAGACUACAUUACCCACAAACCCCCAGCAGCAGGGUGCUGACAGGAACGAUGUUGUAAACUCUCCUUCUCAGUGUGGCACCAAGAUGGCCGUCGUUGCUCCACCCGCUUCCCACAGCUCAGCCAAUCACAACAGCUUCACUGCAGAAAACUCCUUCUCUGAACACAAGCUGGUCAACUCAGGAAGAGGAGGAGGAGGAGGAGGAGGAGGAGGGGGGGAUGGCUUUGAGAGGCUGGAGAUCUUUGUGGACGAUGAAGAGCGUAGCCACGACAACGUACUGCCUGACUGGCUGACAGAAGGGGCGUGUGUUACAGUAGGAAGCAAUAAGGCCGGGGCAGUGCGCUACGUGGGAACGACGCAGUUUGCGGAUGGAGUGUGGGUGGGGGUGGAGCUGGACACCCCUGUAGGCAAAAAUGACGGUUCCGUUGGAGGUCAUCGGUAUUUCCAAUGUAAACCGGGUUACGGGGUGCUGGUUCGCCCGGACCGGCUGUCCUGCCGUGAUCCGACCAGCCGGCGAACGGGAGACUUCACUGCUCCUGCACAUGUCCCCGUCUUGCGAGGAGAAGCCAUUGUUGCCCGCCAGGGGGAGAAUCGCAAGUCGUGGAGCAGUUGAGACAGGGAAAGUAGGAGCUGGAUGGGAGAGAUGAGCUCCCUACAGCCCUCCUCCUCUCUUCCUCUCCUCCCAGCUAUGCAACAGGCUCCCACAUCAGAACUGAAAUACUGCCUACCCUCCCACAGUUUGAAACUACACUCACUACAUCCAUUUAAAAGUAAUGGAUGGAAGUAGAAUAAAGACAAUGGAGAGGCCAUUUAGAACGAGGGCAAGUAAGUUGAUGAGACUAUUCAGAGUGUACAGAAGUCUGUGGAAGGACUAUUUAUCAUAAUGUGGGAAGAAUGGCAGUCAAUAGGGAAGACUGCUGAGAGUAAAUGAAAGUCAGAGCAGUCUUUGUUGUAUCUGGAGCUCUGCGGGGGGGGGGGGGUGGAUGCUCCAGACUGGAUGAUUGGCCUCAGAGAUGCUCUCUGAGCUGAUAUACAGGGAUGCAACCAGUCACAUUUCAGGCAGGAGUCACUUUUUUGAUCCCAGUUCACAUCAGAGAAUAUAUAUUUUAAACUUGGGGAGCAUUUUAGAGUACAGAAAACCCACUUACAGAAUAAAAAUAUUUUGCAAUUUUUUAUUCUAUUUAUCAUUCAUAAUAAGUUAUUAUCAGUAGCUUUAGCUAUCAGAAAAUAUCAAAAUAUACACAUUCUUAGAGCUGAAAACAAUGUCUAAAUGAAUAAUAUUGAAUUUUCUUUAGUGUUUUAUGCAUUUAUUAUCCUCCCUACACGUCUCACUAUAGUAUGUGCUCUGUGUUCUUGGUGAAUGACGAAACGGAUCCAAUGGAAUUUUUAGACACAAUUUUUUUUUUUUUUUUUUAUUUGGAGGAAGAGUGACAUAAAGCUUAAUCCAUGCCAUACUGUGUGUUUGCAUCCCUGGAUAUGAUGUCUCUGCCUGGUAGUCCUGAGACUCUAUGUCCCAGAAUGCCCUGCUCCGGCUGCCACUCCCCUGAACUCUCUUGUCUACAGACACUUCUACUCCUUGUUUGAGACUCGUCUCCUCCUCCUGGACUCCUUUUCUUUUGAAAAUAGAUCCUCCCAGAAUGUGCCUUCUCCAUGGCUUGGUUUGCAUUUGUUUUUCUGUAUAUUUAAUUUCUGUUGGCUGUGUUUUAAGAGAAUGCCUUGUGCUAAGUGUGAGGUGAUCUCAGGGACUGCAGAGGGGAAAGGACAAGGAGGGGCGUGUGUGUGUGUGCGCGUGUGUGUGUGUGUGUGUGUGUGUGUGUGUGUGUGCGCGCCGUGUGUGUGUUUAAACGUUAUACAGUGUUGCCCUAUGUGCACAGAUAAGUUUGUAUUGUCGUAGCCGUGGCGAUGUUGACAUGAAGACUGCGUGAAGCAGGAGAGGUUGUGUCCUUGUUGGACAAAGCCACUAUAAGAGCAAAUUGUUUGUCCUGGGAGGCUUUAAAAGUCCAUUUUGCACUGGAGACGUUGGAGAAGAAGCAGCUGUGUGCUGGCAGGUGUGUGUGGUCGCGGUGCAGCGAGCGAGGACCAGUGGAAACCGUUUCCUCCAACCAGCGACUAAUGUGGAAAUGGUUGUUGAUGUGGUUCGCUCCAUCUGGAGGCCUGUUGUUGAAGCUAAUUUGCUAGUUGCCCUCUGUGACUGACAUUUGGAUGCCGGGGGGGCACUGCAGUACUGGUGUUGGUGCGAGUAGGCAUGAGUAUGUGUUAAGGAAAGUGAGAAGCUCUGCUGCGUAUUCCCCACUUGAGAAUUGAUUUGAUUCUAUGCAUUUGAUCAGUUUUUUAAAUCUAGUUUCUAUCUUUUUAUUUCUAAAUGACUGAGGACUCAAGUGGGAGAAGCGGCUGUGUGUUUUGGGAGAGUAUUAAACAGAAAGCAGUUAUGACUGACUGAACAUUCCUGCAUGUCUGCUAAAGAAAACUUCCAGACCUUGGGAUUUUUAAAAUGAGUUUUUUAUUAAAUGUCACAUUCCAGAGGGACUUUAACAUUUUACAGUGACCUUAUUCUUUGUGUAUUCCUUUGUGGAAAAACAUUAGCAAUAUAUCACAGCACUGUUUCAGACUUUAUAUACUUUCAUAUGCUUUGUGUAAACCAUCAAUUCACGGAGAGGGUCAACAAAAUACACAAGUACUCCCAAUACUUUUCCAUCAUAAUUUUACACAUGUUUAGUUUACUCUCAUAAGGAGUCCUACUCCGCCUGUGAAAGCACUUGUGUAACGUCUUCUGUAGCUUUGGGGGAGCUUCAUGAAGUGUGUGUAUGAAAGGGUUUCCCUUUGAUAAAGUGGUGAAGGUCAGGGGAGGUGUUUGGGUGGAGUCGUCCGGAGGUGAAGCGAUGCUGUCUACCAAGUGAGCAGCGCCAUGUGCUGAUAGGUGGGAUUGAUGAAGAAAAAGUACCGUAAUAUUUCAUCAUCACCACCACUCGGUAUACUUUAGGACCUUGUCUCAUUUACAUCGGCUGUAAGUUCUGAUCCCGGUGAUGGCAAACCUGAAUAUGAUAUGAUAUAUGCUGUUUCUAUGGUAACAUUUAUUUUAUCCAUGUAUAGGAGUCUACCCAGAUUCUGAUAUGACGAUGCAUACAUAUAAUUUUGAAUGCAUCAUCUGGAAUACCACGUGCAUGUAAACGCACUCAGUAUGUCUGAACUCUAUCAUCUUUAUGGAUACUAUUUUUUUCCAUUUCUUUUUUUUAUCAUGCGUCUUUUUAAUUCGAGAGGCCUGAAUUUACUAUUUAUAUUUAAAUGCUUGUACACAUGCAUUUAUCUCAUGGAAAUCAAUAAAAAGCCUUUUUAUUUUAAUAAAUAUUGCACAAAUGAUUCCAUGAAAAUUGCUGCUAUUAGCAUUGUAAAUCUACCUGUAAAUGGAUCAGCUGAUCCUCUUACUGUGUUAUGUUACUCUAUCUCUUACUGUAUACUCGGUUGAUUUAAUCUGAGAAACUAGUCCGUGCUUUGGUUUAGUGGCCAAUAUAUUUUUAAUAUGGAGCAGUAAAAAUCCUAAAAAUUAGGCACUUUGUCAUGUGAGCCUUGAAGAUGAUGUGGGAGGAAAGGUUUGAAUAUUUUCUUGUUGGAAAUUCACUCCUGCGUGGAGUUUGGAAGAGGAAAUAUAAUUUUGGAGUUAAAGGAAAAGACGAUAUAUCACCAUAGUCUAGUUAUUACCUAUGUAUUUAUUAUCUGGCCUAAAAGCCCAGGACCUCUGGAGUCCUCUGAUUGGUUGGCUGUUGUGUGUGUUAUAAGUUGUGAAGUGGUUUGUAGGUACUCCUGUUAAGUUCUUUUUACGUCAUAUUGUGGUUCAUAAAAGUCGUGUGUGUGUGUGUGUGUGUGUGUGUGUGUGUGUGUGUGUGUAGGGGGGGAAGAAGACCUGUCUUUGAUUCAGUUAUGUCUGAGUUCUUGCCUAGAUGGGAAACGACCACCAGCUGCUCUCUUGAUACAUUCACACCUCCAGUCUGGGGCUGGUGUCCUUCCCAUCCUGGUCUAAGCUCGGGGAACUGUGACAGGGGCUUGAGAUCACUUCAGGCUUCUGGUUGUCCCUUUUUAUGUUAUUGUGCCUCAGAAACCAUCCGACCAUGUGUCUUCCACAUACUGUUUUCAUAUCUCCAGACGGGAAUUGGAAGAGUUCAUUUCUGGAACGCUUGUAUAUGUGGGAAGAAAAUGCAACCUGGUCUUAUUUUAAGAUUCAGGUUCUCAAGUUAGCUGUUGUACUGAAAUAGUUUAAAUUCUCUGGCUUCAAGUCAAUAUUCUUCAGCCAUAUUCAUCACCUAAAAAAUACGACUAUUGGUUAAAUUGGGAGCUAUUACUUUACUUGACAGCAGAGCUAAGCUCAAACGUGGUGGUAGUACCAGAUACAUGUCUGUUCUCCCAGCACACGUCUUCCUCUACAAGUCUUCACUCAGUGUGCAGCCUCAUGCGUUACAGAUUAGACAGGCAGCUCAGGGGCUGCCUGGUGCACCAUAGCCAUUUCAAUAAGGAUCUGUAAAAAUAGAAAACUAGCAUCAGUAAUAUUGUUUUGCUCAGAGUGGAUUUAAUGUGGUAACUUUGAGUGGUGUACAUCUCAGCCAGCAGUGUUAUUUAUGUCUGUAGCACCCAUAGGAACCACAUUCAGUUCGACUUGUAUUGAUGGGAUUUGUGUCCAAGCAUAUUCAUAUCGAUGUGUAUGAAUCUUCAGCCCUGCAGAAUGUUUCUUUUUGUUGGUUUCUUUUCUUGUCUUAAGUGCUUCUUUUUCGCUCAGAUUUUGGUUCCACAUGUUGUUCUGCAGUCCUGUAGCUGUGUGGGAUGAGCAGUCUGAAGCGACCCUGCCUUAAUGUGGCCUUCACCCUGGAACCAGACUCUAACUAAACACGUCACUGUUGUACUAUAACAUGGAAGUGUACUCUGCUAUUAUUUAACCGGACCAUUCCAAAACCAUUUUAACCCUUUCUGGUUUACUAUU